GCUGUGAUUUGGAUGGAUCUUGAGUGGUAGAUUUGCUUUUCACUUUUCACUUUCUUCUUUUUAUCAGCUUCUUUUUUUAUUUAUUUAUUUUUACGACAGAUUAAACAUGCCUCCUCGGAAGCGCACCAGAGACGACGGCGAUGCUGCUGAGCCUGUUGCUAAGCGACGCUCGUCACGACAGGCGGCUGCAUCAAUCAAAAAAGCCGAGCAAGAGGAGCAGGUUGAGACAGAAGUGAAGAAAGCCGCGCCAGCAAAGAAGCGUGCCGUCACUGCAAAGGAAUCCAAGAGCAAGAGUGACAAGGUCAACAAGACUGCAGCUACAGCGAAAUCUUCUGACACAACAGAGGAAAAGAAGAAGAAGAAGCCUGCUAAAAAGAGUGCAAAGGAACAAGAUGAUGAUGAAAAGGAAGCGAAACCAUCAGCAGGUGGUGACAAAGCCAAGAGCGACGCCCAAACCUCGCGUGCCGUGUCCGAAGACCCAGACAUUGACUCCAUCCCGGCAGUCAACCCAGAUGCGCCGCGCCAUGACGGCGAGUGGUACUGGCUGAUGAAGGCUGAGCCGGAGACGCGCUAUGAGAACGGCAUUGACGUCAGGUUCUCAAUUGACGAUUUGCGGGCCAAGGAGAAGCCCGAAGGAUGGGAUGGAAUAAGAGCGUAUGCGGCGCGCAAUCACAUGAGGAACAUGAACCAGGGCGAUAAAGCAUUCUUCUACCAUUCCAACUGCAAGGAGCCCGGCAUCGCGGGCAUCAUGGAGAUUGUCAAGGAGUAUUCCGAAGACAAAAACGCUCGUCGCCCAGGAACGCCUUACUACGACCCGCAAUCCUCAAAGGACAAUGUCCGCUGGAGCCUGGUCCACGUCGAGUUCAGAAAGAAGUUCGCCGUGCCGAUUGGUCUCAAGGAGCUGCGCGAGUUGGGCAAGCCGGGUGGCCCGUUGGAGAACAUGCAGAUGCUGAAGCAGAGCCGGUUGAGCGUGAGCAGGGUCAGUGCAGAGGAGUGGAAGGCCCUUUGUGAGAUUGCAGAUAAAAAGGCCGAGGAAGCCGGACUUGAGCAUGAGACAACCAAGUUGGUCAAAUGAGCUUUGGGCUUGGAUUUUGAGUUUUUGAUGGAAUGAUGAUUGUGAAAGGAGUUGAGUUGAGCGUCUAAUAGAGGAUGAACCAUGAGGACAAAAAAGUACGGUGAAGUGAAAACUUUUGACCGUCUUUUCAGGUUGCUCAUGGGCAAUAUCGUGUGUUCUAGCAAGUGGAUUUUGAUAUGCUGAGCGACACGUUGGCAGUUUUUUUUUUUCUUUCUUUCUUUACAGCUGUAACAUUACCUUAAUACGAAGAGAACUUCACG